GCAACGAGCUUGUCAAAGUCAAAGCUCCUAGAUCAGAGAACAGUGGUCGUUUCUAUUUCGCCGAUUACAGUCACGAAUUUUUAAUCGCGACUUCACUCAUCUGAUUUCACUAGUUUCAGUGUCUUGAUUUUACAAACAGUUUAAAAAUAUAAUUAUUCUAUACUUUUGAAUUCAUUAUAGUCACUAUAUAAUAUUUACUUUUAAUUUUUCGCGGCUAAUUAAUUAAUUAAUAAUAACGUAGAUUAUGACGAGAAGAUACACGGUUGUCGUCAAAUUGCGAAGAGCGAAUAAAAACCAACCGUGGGGUAUAAGCAUCGCCGGUGGUGCUGAUUUAGGCACGCCGAUCAUCGUCACCCGAUCGGAGAAUGAAGACCUCCAGAAGGGUGACGUGAUCAAGAAAAUUGACGAGUACGACGUUCGGGACUUGAGACAUGUAGACGCACAGAAUCUGCUUCAAAAUUCAGAGUCUGUAAGACUUGUAAUCGAAAGGUCUGAUUCACCGAGAAAAACCUCAUCUCGAAAUCAUACACUACACUCUUUGGUUUUCAAAACAAUCAUUGACGACAGGGCUGCAAUUUGUCUGUCGGAAUAAGACAAUAUUUUAAUUAAUUAUUUGAAUUAAUUAAUUUAAUUAUCCAGAGUGUCUCUUUCUAUUAAUCAGCUCUAUUCUCAUAUCUAUCGCAAAAGCUCUUUUUUAAA